UGCGGCUGCGUGGGCGGGGGCCGGAAGUGCGGGCGCAGGGAGAUCGCGGGCCGGCGUCGCGGUCGCAGGCGGGGACCGGGUCUACACCAGGGUCGGUCGGUAUCUCCGGCGGCCACCAUGAAGCGGGACGUGCGCAUCCUGCUGCUGGGGGAAGCCCAGGUGGGGAAGACGUCGCUUAUCCUGUCGCUGGUGGGCGAGGAGUUCCCUGAGGAGGUACCCCCCCGGGCAGAAGAGAUAACCAUUCCCGCGGACGUCACGCCAGAGAAGGUGCCCACCCACAUCGUAGAUUAUUCAGAAGCUGAGCAGACAGUCGAGGAGCUCCAGGACGAGAUUCAUAAGGCAAACGUGGUGUGCGUGGUGUAUGAUGUGUCUGAGGAGGCUACCAUCGAGAAGAUCCGAACGAGAUGGAUCCCGCUGGUGAAUGGGGAUACCAAGAGGGAACCCAGGGUCCCUAUCAUCCUGGUGGGCAACAAGUCGGACCUGCGGCCGGGGGGCUCCAUGGAGGCCGUGCUGCCUAUCAUGAGCCAGUUCCCUGAGAUUGAGACCUGCGUGGAGUGCUCGGCUAAGAACCUGAAAAACAUCUCGGAGCUGUUCUACUAUGCACAGAAGGCCGUGCUGCACCCCACGGCCCCCCUGUAUGACCCCGAGGCCAAGCAGCUGAAGCCCGCGUGUGCCCAGGCCCUCACACGCAUCUUCAGGCUCUUAGACCAGGACAUGGACCAGGCACUCAGUGAUCAAGAGCUCAACGCUUUCCAGACGUCCUGCUUUGGGCUACCCCUGGCCCCACAAGCCCUGGAAGACGUGAAGAUGGUGGUGAGCAAGAAUGUGGCGGGAGGCGUGCGCGAGGACCGGCUGACCCUAGACGGCUUCCUUUUCUUGAACACGCUCUUCAUCCAGCGAGGCCGCCACGAGACCACGUGGACCAUCCUGAGGCGCUUUGGCUACGGCGACUCGCUUGAGCUGACCGCUGACUACCUCUGCCCACCGCUCCGCGUGCCCCCGGGCUGCAGCGCUGAGCUCAACCACUGUGGCUACCAGUUUGUGCAGAGGAUGUUUGAGAAGCACGACCAGGACCAGGAUGGUGCCCUCUCGCCAGCAGAGUUGGAGAGCCUCUUCAGCGUGUUUCCUGCCGCUCCCUGGGGCCCCCAGCUACCCCGCACAGUCCGCACCGAGGGCAGUCGGCUGCCCCUACAUGGGUACCUCUGCCAGUGGACCCUGGUGACCUACUUGGACGUCCGGCGCUGUCUCGAGCACCUUGGGUACCUGGGCUACCCCACCCUCUGUGAGCAGGACUCCCAGUCCCAUGCCAUCACAGUCACCCGGGAAAAGAGGCUGGACCAGGAGAAGGGACAAACGCAGAGAAACGUUCUCCUGUGCAAGGUGGUGGGGGCCCGUGGAGUGGGCAAGUCCUCCUUCUUGCAGGCCUUCCUCGGCCGUGGCCUGGGGGAUGCUGGGGAGCCCUCUGCCUACGCCAUCGACACAGUGCAGGUCAACGGGCAGGAGAAGUACCUGAUUCUGUGCGAGGUGGGUGCAGACAGCCUCCUAACCGCCUCGGCUGAUGCUACCUGUGACGUCGCCUGCUUGAUGUUUGACGGCAGUGACCCCAGGUCCUUUGCGCUGUGUGCCAGUGUCUACAAGCGUCACUACAUGGAUGGGCAGACUCCUUGCCUCUUCGUGUCCUCCAAGGCUGACCUGCCUGAAGGUGUCUUGCUGCCUGGCCUGUCCCCAACUGAGUUCUGCCACAGGCACCGGCUGCCUGCCCCUGCCCCGUUCUCCUGCACCGGCCCAUCAGAGCCCCAUGUGGCCAUCUUCACCCGGCUUGCCACCAUGGCUACCUUCCCACACCUUAUCCACCGGGAGCUGCAUGCCACCUCCUGGCUCCGGGUGGCGCUGGGGGCUUUUGGGGCUGCCGUCGCUGCCAUCCUCAGCUUCUCACUCUACAGGAUCCUGGUGAAGAGCCGAUGAGGCCUCGGACCCUGCAGUCUGAUCUCAGGGUGCUGAUGUGGGGCCUCCUGCUUAGGGGGUGAGGAAUGAGGCUUCCUUCUGUCUCAGUUUUCCUCCUGAGGACAGCUCACCCACUGCCCUGCCACUGCCUCAGGCCCGAGGGUGGCCCUGCUGCAGGUGCCGGGCAUGACCCUCUUUUGUGGGCAUUAUGUGUUAGAGGGACGAGGGGUGUGGGUGAGGAAGUCAGUGACCCCAGACCCAAAUUCUCAGGGCUCCACUCCUCCUUCCUGGUCCCAGGCGGCCAGAGGGUAUGAAGGGUGUAAGAAUGCAGAGCUUUGGACCAAAGGCAGGGGGGUGGAGGCAAGAAAUGGCUGGACCAUUGUGGGUGUGUGCCCCCACCCCCCAAUUUGAAGACAGGUCCCAGGCUGUGUCCCUCACAUGAGACGUAUGAGAUUGGGUUUCCUGAUUAAACUUCAUUUGGUCUUUUC